GGUAAUGAUGAUUUUUAUUAAAGAAAAAUGAUAUGAAAUUAAAUAAAAAUCAGUUUACUUUAUGAUUGUUAUGAUUGCAAUCAUACUUCCUCCAAAAAGAGGCUACUGUUAGAAUUUGAACCCGUGAAUUGCACAACAAUGUUACCAUUGUGCCAACCCUCUAAAUUGAACUGCCUAAUAGAAAUUUCUACUUUCAACAUGAUAUGAAAUUCAAUAAAAAUGUGCCUAAGAACUUUCAAUUUUUUCCUUAUUAGUGUUACAUGUAGGUGUUUAAGUUGAAAAAAUUAACACCAAAUUCUACCUACCAGCUUCCAUCCAGAAGUUUUUGAGGUGGGGCUAGUCUCCCAACGGGAAUAAUUGAUAAUAAAAAUUAAAGGGCGUCGUCAAAUCUACGUUAGAAAAUUUGUUCUUUUAUCUUUAACCUCACAUAAUUAAAGUUCAAUAGUUGGUAUAUGUCAUUGUUUUAAAGUCACUGCUCAGAGGUCAAAGGGAGUAGUUUGAUUUACUCUCGAGGGAAAGAAUACUAUUAUGCAUAAACAAGUUUUCCUAGUCAACCUUGUUCUAUCUUUGAGGAAUCAUAGGUCACUUCUUUAUAGGAUCAUCCUAUAAACUUGCCAACUUUUUGCUACCUCGAAUCCCCAUUUCGUGACACGAUUCUCUUGUCAUAGAUUUUCAUACAUAGAUUUCCUUAUUUGCACAUUUUCAUUUUUCCCAAUGAAAAAAUAUCUAAGGCAAAGAAUUUCUUCUAAAUUAGGCCAUCCACAUUAAAAAGAAAUACUAAACCCAUGAAGAUAGUCUUGCGGCUAAGAAUUUCAUCAAAGCAACGAACGUUUUGUUUUUUUUUUUAUACACAAUACUUUAUAUAACAAAUAUGAGGAACACUAUUAUUAUUAUUAUCCAUAUUUCUAACUCAUCUAUGAACAAUUAUUUCUAGUUCUUCCCUCAAAGACACAACUACAUAAUAACAAACAACUACAAUAAUUGAUAAUGUCAAAAUUUAUUGUAUCUUGGAAGCUCCUAAGUUUCUUUUAUGUCCUUUAUACUUUGUUAUGUUCCUCUUUCUCUAGCAUAUUCACCAUAACCAACAACUGCCCUUAUACAAUAUGGCCUGGCACGCUUGCCGGCGCAGGAACGCCACCGCUUCCUACGACUGGAUUACAGCUUGACUCGGGCCAAUCUGUGAAACUAGCCAGCGUUCCGGGUUGGUCGGGCCGGAUAUGGGCGAGGACGGGCUGCACAUUUGAUGCAACGGGAAUUGGGAAAUGCCAAACAGGUGAUUGUGGUGGAAGACUAGAAUGUGAUGGGAAUGGUGCAGCUCCACCUACUUCACUCUUUGAGAUUACACUUGGUCAAGGGAAUGAUCAAGAUUACUAUGAUGUUAGUAUGGUUGAUGGAUACAAUCUUCCAUUGCUUGUUCUGCCAAGAGGUGUGUAUGGUAGUACUAUCUGUAAUGCCACAGGUUGUGUCACUGAUAUCAACAGAGGUUGUCCAAAAGAACUUCAAGUAGUCGGUGGUAAUGAAGGAUACCAAGAUAAUGUAGUUGGGUGUAGGAGUGCCUGUGAAGCAUUUGGAUCAGAUCAGUACUGCUGCAGUGGACAAUUUGCAAACCCAACAACAUGCCAGCCCUCUUAUUAUUCCACAAUUUUCAAGAAGGCUUGUCCAAGAGCUUAUAGCUAUGCAUUUGAUGAUGGAACCAGCACUUUCACUUGCAAAGCUUAUGAAUAUGACAUUGUUUUCUGUCCUACCAACAACAAGAUUACCAAACCAAAUGAUGCAUUUCCUCCUCCACCACCGGCAUCAACUGGAUUGCUUUAUGAGAAGGUUCAGCAAGACAGUUCUUCAAGUAUUAUCUUGCCCUUUCAAGUGACAAUAUUUCUCUUAGUUGCCACAAUCUAUGUGAUGAUAGCAAAGACUUGGCCACCGAUAUGAAGUAAUGCUAGUAGAAAAUCACACAUGUUUUCUUGGAAAGUUAUUAGAAAGGAACAAUAUGGAAAAGGUCUACACAAGGACAUGGAUAUGAUAAGCAGUGAAAAUGAAUCAUGUGAAGAAUCUUAAGGAAGCAAGUAAAUGCAGAGACUCAACAAGAUCUCUCUGCUAAACAAAAGCUAGCCAUAUUUUCAAUUUACCUCUGUAAAUCAUCCAAUAAAAAAAAAGAGAAACUUUGAAAUAAAUUAAUAAAAUAGCAAGUUAUUUGCAAUGUAACCAGGACUAUAAAGAAACUCAAAUUGAAGUCACUCCGUAGUUGUAUAGCCAAAUUUAAGAUUUGAAUAUUAUAUAACCUUUCAUGGCACCAAGAAGAAACAAUGGUAUUUUGAUUCAUUUGAUUAA